UUAUAUUUGCAGGGGACUUUGCGGUGUUACUCAGUGGUGGUUUGUCAAAGAAGAGGGCUGUUAUUUACAAUUUUCUAUCUGCAUGCACGAUAUAUAUCGGAAUGGUCGUCGGUAUUUUCCUCGGAGAAAAUGAGUCAGCUCAUACAUGGGUGUUUGCCUUUGCCGGGGGAAUGUUUCUUUAUAUUGCGCUAGUUGAUAUGAUGCCGGAGAUGUGUGCGAGCGGAGAACGCAAGGAGAACAGGAAGCUUAUCGGCACCGGGACUAUAUUUCUGCUCCAGAAUCUAGGCAUGCUAACUGGAUUUGGAAUCAUUCUCAUACUAGCAAUUUAUGGAGGGAAUCUCGAGAAUGCUAUAACAGGGGAAUAAUUAUAUUGUCUUUACAAAAUGUGCAUAGAAACCUAAAGUGAUAUACAGAGUUCAUGAAGAUACUUUAUCUGUUGAGUUGUUAUAAGAGCGUGUACUAAAUGAAUGUACUAAUCCCCAAUGAUAACGUGAUUCCCGCGCAAACGCGAGGACGCGUCCAUUUCAUGGUAAUAGAUGUAACAACAAUUCAUAUUCCUUGUGCAAUACCUGACGAGUAAAUAUCAGUAUUUGUUUCAUUUUAACUGCCAAACAAGUAUACUGCAAACUAGCUCAGUCGGGUAGAAUGCAGAUACCAAUAGCAAAUUAUCAAAUCGAUUUGAAUGGGGGCUCGAAUCCUCAUGACAAUUUUUCCGAUAUUUUAUUUUUGCUUUUCCUAUCCGUUUUCAAUUCGGUUUCCCGUAUUUUUCGUUUCGUUCUUUGAUGGUUUGUAUCUGCAUAAUAACAUAUGUUCAUUAUUCACUACCUAUUUAUAGGUUUAAUACAUGGAUUUAACUAAUAUCACUUAAGGAUAAUAUAAGGCGUUUGAGACCAGCCCUCGGGUAAAUUUUUAUUUUGGAAAUUAUACCUGACGGACCCGUAAUAUUCAUAACUUCAUAUAUAUAUAUGGA